AAUAUUUCAAAUUUUAACUGAUAUUCUAAAACCACAAUUGGGUGCUGUAAAAUUUCGAUGAAAAAUGAUCGAUAAUCUUUAACGAUAACUUAUUGAUUUUUCACUUGCAUCGGUUGGAGAAAAAGUGAAGAAAAAUGGGUGCUGCCUUCUUUCCCGUGCUGUUCUUCACCGCCUUAUGGGGCGGCGUGGGCAUUGCCAUGCCCAUAAUGACUCCGAAAGGACCCCACCAGAACCUGAUACGCUGUAUCCUGAUGUUGGCCGCCGCCUGCUGCUGGCUGUUUUGGCUGUGCUGCUACAUGGCCCAAAUGAAUCCUUUGAUUGGACCCAAACUGAAGCGGGACGUGGUGGCCAUGAUUGGCAGGUCCUGGAGCAACCCAAUCGUGGAGGGUUAAGAAGUGGAUUCAAAGACAACAAAAAAAGUAUUCCAGCAUUACCACUAAUUAAAUUGUUUAUAUUGUGUUGUAAAUAAAAGUGUAAUCCAUGGUUCAGUUUAUUCCGUUACAAAGCGGCUAAGCUCCAAAAUUAAAGUGCAAAUAAUUAUUGAUUUAAAACAGAAGUAAUAUGAAUGUUAGUGGUUUACGUUUAUUUGGAUUGCGUUGUAAAUAAAUAAAAAGUUUAUUUAAGUGCC